AUGCGCAAAUCACGGCGCCGCAAGGCCCAGUGUCCAGAAGCACUGCUGGAGGAGAAUGAUCCCUCAGCUCCUCCCCAGUGCAAGAGGCAGCGGGAUGGCCCUGCUGAGGAAGUGUGCGGGUUCUGCCAGCGGGCAGAUUGCAACCCCGAGGUGCUGGGGCAGUUUUGCCGUCAGGAUGGGCUCUGCGUCCAUGAGAACUGCCUGUACCACGCCAGCAGGCUGAACCAGAGAGGAGCCGAUGAAGAGGGCUUCUAUGGCUUCCUCUUCCCUGACAUCCAGGAGGAGCUGAAGCGGGUGGCACAAAAGUUCUACGUGGCACUGACACCAGUCACCUCCUGUCAUCCCCAGAAGUGCUGCAUCUGCCGCCAGGUGGGCGCCUCGGUCACCUGCAGAGCCCGGCGCUGUCCCCGCACCUUCCACUACCCUUGUGGCAGCGAGCGGGGCUGCAUCUUCCAGUUCUUUGGGGAGUUCAAGUCCUUCUGCUGGAAGCAUCGGCCAGUGCAGCGGGUGCAGGCAGUGCAGAAGGACCAGACCCUGUGCCUCAUCUGCCAGGAGGCGGUGGCAAAGAGGCCGUGUUACGAAACCCUGGUCUGUCCCACCUGCACCAGAGCCUGGUUCCACCGCCACUGUAUUCAGGGCCAAGCGCUGCGCUCCGCCCUGCACUGCUUCUGCUGCCCACUCUGCCGGGACAUGGUCACCUUCCAAAAAGAGAUGUUCCGCCUGGGCAUCAAAAUCCCAGACAGGGAUGCUGCCUGGGAGGAGAAUGGAGCCUUUGCCGACCAUUAUCAGCGGCACAGCUCCUGUGACAGCAGCCAAUGCCUGUGCCCCGUGGGACGGGAGGUGGCAGAGGAGAACGGGCCCUGGCGACUACUGCUCUGCCACUCCUGUGGCUCCUGCGGGACCCACCAGCGCUGCUCCAACCUGGGAGAGGAUGUGGAUUCCUGGGAAUGCUGUGACUGCAGCAACACGGGCACUGUGCCCACCUUGCAGGCAGGCCAGGCACUGGAACCACCCGCACAGGGACCGUCACACAGAGUCCCAGCUCCUGACGCCACACCUGGGGACGAAGAGGCUGGGAUCCCUGCAGGACACCCCGACACCGACCUACCCUCCCAGGCCCUGCCCUAG